AGCUCUAUAAGCCGUCCAUUUUGCAAGCUUGAAUAUUACAUGUAUCAAAUCCUCUGCCCGCCUGCUCUCCGAUUAAUCGCUGGCGUAAUGAAUGCGAUAGCGGGUAACCAUUAAAAGUUCGUUUGGGGGUAGUUGCAUCUUCAUCCCCUUAAAACCCCCCUCAAUUCAUCACUUCUCCUCCAACCUACAGUUUCUCCUUUCUGGGUGUUCUUCAAUUUCCUCUAAUUCAUCUGGGUUUUUGUUCAAUUUCCUGGUCAACAAUGGCGGAUUCACCUUCGGAGAGAGCAUCUCUUCCAAACUUCCUCUUAUCUGUGAAACUCAAAUACGUGAAAUUAGGUUACCAUUACCUGAUCACACAUUUCAUGUACCUGUUAUUAAUCCCAAUCCUUGCAGUCGUCUCUGUUCAUCUAUCGACACUCACAUCACAAGAUCUACUCCAUCUAUGGCAACAACUUCGAUUCAAUCUACUCUCUGUUAUCAUAUGCUCAACUCUAAUCGUCUUCCUAGCCACACUCUACUUCAUGAGCCGCCCAAAGAAGGUUUACUUACUCGAUUUCGCCUGCUAUAAACCCGACGAAUCUAACAUCGUUUCUCGUGAAACAUUCAUGAAUCAUUCAGCUCUCGCGGGGACAUUUAGCGAAGAGAAUUUAGCGUUUCAGAAGAAGAUUCUCGAACGAUCUGGAUUAGGUCAGAAGACGUAUUUCCCUGAGGCGGUGUUGCAGGUUCCGCCGAAUCCGUGUAUGUCGGAAGCUCGAAAGGAGGCGGAGAUGGUGAUGUUCGGCGCCAUUGAUGAGUUGUUGGCGAAAACUGGUGUGAAGGCGAAGGAUAUUGGUAUACUUAUUGUGAAUUGUAGCUUGUUUUGUCCAACACCUUCGCUUAGUUCCAUGGUUGUGAAUCAUUACAAGCUCAGAGGGAAUGUUUUGAGCUAUAAUCUCGGUGGGAUGGGGUGUAGUGCUGGAUUGAUCUCCAUUGAUCUUGCCAAACAACUUUUACAGGUACAACCUAAUUCCUAUGCUUUGGUGGUUAGCAUGGAAAACAUAACAUUAAAUUGGUACUUUGGGAACAAUCGAUCUAUGCUUGUGUCAAAUUGUCUAUUCCGAAUGGGCGGUGCUGCAAUUUUGUUAUCUAAUCGAUCAUCUGAUCGCCGCCGCUCAAAGUACCAACUAAUCCACACAGUCCGGACCCACAAGGGCGCAGACGACAAAUGUUAUAGUUGUGUUUUCCAAGAAGAGGACAACGAGAAAAACAUAGGUGUUGCUCUUUCAAAAGAUCUCAUGGCAGUAGCCGGUGAAGCCCUAAAAACAAAUAUCACCACCCUUGGGCCGCUAGUGCUCCCCAUGUCGGAACAACUCUUGUUUUUUGUAACAUUGGUCGCAAGAAAAGUGUUUAAAUUGAAAAUUAAACCGUAUAUCCCGGAUUUCAAGCUUGCAUUUGAGCAUUUUUGUAUCCACGCGGGAGGAAGAGCAGUGUUGGAUGAAUUGGAAAAGAAUCUUGAAUUAUCGGAAUGGCAUAUGGAACCUUCUAGAAUGACACUUUAUAGAUUUGGUAAUACUUCGAGUAGCUCAUUGUGGUAUGAGUUGGCGUAUUCGGAAGCUAAGGGUCGGAUAAAGAAGGGAGACAGAUCGUGGCAAAUUGCUUUUGGUUCGGGUUUUAAGUGUAAUAGUGCAGUUUGGAAGGCGUUGAGGUCUAUCGAUCCGAAAAAGGAGAAAAGUCCAUGGAUUGAUGAGAUACAUGAGUUCCCGGUUCAUGUACCGAGGAUCGAAAAGAUUGGUUCUUAAGAUGUUGUCUUUUUUAUAUUUCUUUAGCGAGAUUGAAUAACCUAUGGUUUUUAUUGAUGUUAUGUAUUAUAGAAGUCAUUAAAGGGAAAAGGGCAAUUGGCCUUUGGUCUUCUCUUGUGAUGGAUCGUGGAAUAUGAAAGUGAAUAUU